GGAGCACGAGUCCGGACGAUGAAAGUUGUGUAUCAGUGUCCCGUUGCGUUAAACGUUAAUUUUAACAUUUUAAAACAGAAAUAAAGAGAAACUGUUUCUGCUUCUUGUCUCGCGCUGACCUAAAAAAAAAUCUUCCGGACAAUCAGGAAGUCCGGGAACUGUUUUUAUUUCCUGUGGCUUCUAGAGACAGAGAAUUUGAAUGGAGAGUGGGCUCGAACUCUUUAAACGACUUAUAAUCAUGAACCGAACCGAUUGACGCUCGCUAUUCAUUCAUCGAUGUAUUGUAGCUCGUUAUUUGCGGCUGAUUAACGCGUUCACGUCGACACUCGUUACCCGGAACACCUGGAUUUAAAGUUUGCGUGAGAGAGGAAUGGAUGUUCCUCUGAUCACUGAAGAUGAGAUGGCAGAGAUCAAAAAAGACGUACUGACCAGACUGCGGCACUACCUCUGUGACAAGAUCAGGGCCGAGCGUCACGUCGACUUCCUGCGCUCUCGCAGGAUCCUGACACGGGACGAUGCAGAGGAAAUCAGCUGCAGGACCACGCAGACCAAGAGGACGGCCAUGUUGUUGGACAUCCUUGCCGAAAAUCCCCGGGGCCUGGAUGUCUUGAUUGAUUCCAUUCGGGAGAUGCGCUCACAAAACUUUAUCAUCACCAGGAUCACAGACGAGGUGCAAAAGGCCAAAAAUGAGAAGAUCGAGUUUCUCAAGGCAGGGGCUUCCAGUUCCUCUUCUGACAGCAAGCUUUGCUCUCCAAGCUCGACCAGUGACAUCCCCGCAACAUUUUCAAACAACUCCACCCUGCUUUUCCACCCAGACGGAGAACGAAGCCCUUCCUCCUCAGACAUAGUCGGCCCACUCAACCUGCCGUUGUUACAGACAGGUGGGGACCUGUCCUCCGUGGCUGUUGCUAGCAUUGCUGUAGCUUCCUCCACUACCUCCUCCAGCCUCCCGAGGCCGGGAGACCCUGGAGCUCCUCCGCUGCCCGAUGAUGUGAUUGUUGAGUCCCCCUCCAACAUAGAUGUCGGAGCGUCGGGGUGCAGCAGCAGUGGCGGGGACCCAAACUUCCAGCCCCUGCGGUCGCGCUCGCUGACCCCAACGUCACACCCUAACAUGUUUUAACCUCACACCUCAAUUAGACAGUUCACAUGGGACAAACUGGCACAGACCGCAAUUACUCAACUCAACUCAGACACGUCCUUUUGGUGUCACUCUUGCAUGUGAUUAGGGAAUUUGUGAGAAAUGGCUGCACAUGGAAUAUUGAACAUGUUAGCCCUAUAGUGAUCAGCUUAUUGCAUAGAAAUGUUGUCUCUGGGGACGGGGUCGUGUUAAUACUGUAGCCAAUUUGUUUCUGUAGUAUUGGGAUGAGGCCAAAAUAAUACCUUAGUUUUGAGAAUAUCCAUAUAAAGUGCAUAUCUUUCUAAUUCACUCUUUUUAGUUAAAUGUGCAAGAACUGUUCCUAAGUAAAAACAGUUUAAAGUGGAAGAAAAUAUUUAUGUAUCGACAAUAAGUGUGCAUACAUUUAAUGCAAUCUUUCAGUAAUUCUUGGUUUUCUAUACUCAAUGAAGUUAUUCGAUACCACAUAAAAAAAAUACAAUCUCUGUUAAUUUGACUUUUGAUUGUAUCUAAAGGUACAGAAGCAGAUCUACAUUUAGAAUUAGGAGGGAGUCAGUAAAAGUACGAAUACCACACUGUAAAAAUACAAGGUAAAAGUAAGUGCAACACUGCAGGGAAAUGCACAUAAAUUAUUAAAUAUAAAAGUCCUCAAUUAUGCUGAAAAAUGCCCCCUGGCAGUUAUACCAUGAAAUCAUUUGAUUAUUUUUACACUAGUUUUACAUUAUGGAUUAUUCAGCUGAUUAUUGUGAACGCUGAUUAACAGAGUUCAAUGUGAUGCCAUCACGAUGCUUGAUUUGUUAAACCAAUAGUACAAACCAUUAUCAUCCAGUUUCUCUUGUGUGCAUCAUACCUUCCUAUUAAUGAAUUAACUAAACACUUACAGAAAGAAUUCCAUCAAAAUUUGUGCUUAACAUAGCAGGAUUUUCUUUUUAUCGUGGUAUUGAAAGUGGUAUGAUAUUUUUAUACUGGCUUUAUGUCAAAAAGUCUCAAAAAACAAAAAAAACUAAUCAAUUUCACCGAACAAUGAAGAGCCAUAAAGGUCUGAAUUUAUUAUAUUAUUAUGAAUGUAACUCUUUCAUUUCUCCCAACAAAGGUGUGAUUUCCUGAUAAACUGUAUAUUGUGAGGACACGGCUGCUAGUUUAUGUGAAAUGAGAGAAAAUAUGUCACAUACACUGGAUUGACUACUUGAGAAUAAACUAUAUGUCUUUCUUAUAAGAUCUUACGAAACGCUGUCUUUCACCAGAGCCGUGCAGCUUCAAGUGUUUUAUACUUGUUUCUAUGCAGCAUUAAGUCAAGAAAAAGUCAUUUAGAUGUUUUAUCACUACAGAAAAUAUGGUGAAAUACACACAAUGUACUGCUUUUUACUGUGUUAAACGUCUUGUACAAUGUAUCUCAUACUAAAGGUUUUCUGUAUGAA